AUGUUCCACACAUUCCCCAAUAAAUCCAAACCCCAGUCUCCCAUCUCCCUGGAGAAGACCUACUCCCUCACUGCCCACUACGACGACUUCCAGGAAGUUAAGUAUGGCAGUCGCUAUAGCAGCAGCACCCUCAGCAACGGCAUGAGCCUGCACCUGGGGGGCUCUCUUGACCGUUCUGGGCGUGGCCGGGGUGGCCGGGACCGGUGUGUCGGAGGCGGGGCCAGCCCUGGGGGCGGGGCAGCGGAGAGGUGGAGCCGGCGGGAGAUCUGCCUGCUGUCAGCACUCGUGUUCGCAGCGGGCGUGUGCGUGAUCCUGGGAUGCAUGCUGGCGCUGAAGUUCCUCUCGCUGGAGGCGCAGGACGCCCAGUGUCGGGAGGAUUGCCGAGCGCGGCGCUCGCUGCUGCGGGCAGCUCGCUUUGUGCAGGGCAACAUCGAUGCCAGUGUCCAGCCCUGCCACGACUUCUACAGCUUCGCCUGUGGCGGCUGGCUCCGUCGCCACGGGAUACCGGAAGACAAGCUCAGCUACGGCAUCAUCACGGGUAUCGGAGAGCAGAACCAAGAGAAGCUGCAGCGCCUCCUGGAGGAGCCUGUCCGGAGGACGGGGCUGGACAGUGCUGAGAGGAAGGUAAAGGAGUUCUAUCGUUCCUGUGUCAACAUCCAGGAGAUUGACCGGCUCGGCGGAGGGCCUAUGACGGAGGUGAUUGAGAACUGCGGUGGGUGGGACUUUUCUGGAGCGCCGCCCGGAGGCGCGGGCUGGGAGAGUGGCUCCGCCCCUGUGAGACCUGACUUUAACGAGAUGCUCUACAGGACCCAAGGGGUGUACAGCACAGCUGUCUUUUUCUCCAUCACUGUCAACGUGGAUGACAAGAACUCCUCACGCAACGCCAUUCGGAUAGAUCAGGAGGGCCUGACGUUGCCAGAGAGGACUCUAUACCUGGGUCAAGACGAGGACAGUGUGAAGAUUCUGGCAGCAUACAAGGCCCUUAUGGAGCGGCUGCUAAGCAUGCUGGGAGCUCACAAUGCCACAGUUAAAUCUCGUGAGAUUUUGGAACUGGAGAUGAGAUUGGCUAAUAUCACUGUAUCAGAAUUUGAUGAGCAGAGAAAAGAUAUUAGUAGCAUGUACAAUCGAAUAACUCUAAAACAACUCCAGCGAAUGGCUCCUAGUUUACACUGGAAACGUUUGCUGGAUAGAAUAUUUCACGAUAAUUUCUCCGAGGAGGAAGAGAUUGUGGUGCUGGCGACAGACUACAUGCAGAAAGUGUCUGACAUCAUCAAAACCAGCUCUAAGAGGGUGCUGCAUAACUACAUGCUGUGGCGUAUCGUGGCUGCCCUCAGUGAGCACCUGUCAACGGCAUUCCGUAGCACCAUCCACGAGUUCUCCCGGGAGAUUGACGGCACAGAGAGGCAGCUGGAGCUGGGUCGCCUGUGCCUCACACAGGCCAACAAGCACUUUGGCAUGGCUCUCGGAGCCCUGUUCGUCCAGAGGCAUUUCUCCUCCAACAGCAAGGCCAAGGUACAGGAGCUGGUAGAGGACAUAAAGCACGCGCUGGAUGUCAGACUCCAGGAGCUUGACUGGAUGGAUGAUGAGACCAAAGAAGCAGCGCGUGCCAAGCUACAGCAUAUGAUGGUGAUGACAGGAUAUCCAGAAUUCCUGCUGAAGCCUGAGCUCAUUGACCAGGAGUAUGGGUUUGACGUGAAUGAGAAGACCUACUUCAAAAACAUUCUCAACAGCAUCAAGUACAACAUCAAACUGUCUGUGAAAAAGAUCCACCAGGAAGUGGACAAGACAACGUGGCUUCUUCCUCCCCAAGCACUGAAUGCAUACUACCUCCCAAAUAAGAACCAGAUGGUUUUCCCUGCUGGAAUUCUCCAGCCAACUCUGUACGAUCCUGAGUUCCCACAGUCUCUAAACUAUGGGGGGAUUGGAGCAAUUAUUGGACAUGAGCUAACCCAUGGCUAUGAUGACUGGGGUGGGCAGUAUGAUCGUUAUGGCAACCUGAAGCAGUGGUGGACUGAGGAAUCGUACAGGAAGUUCCAGAAGAAAGCAGAGUGCAUCAUCAAACUGUAUGACAACUUUACCGUCUAUAACCAGAGGGUAAAUGGACGUCUCACUCUUGGCGAGAACAUUGCUGAUCUCGGGGGCCUGAAACUCUCCUACUAUGCCUAUCAGAAGUGGAUCAGAGAACAUGGUCCAGAGAGACCUCUCCCAGGCCUCAAAUACACACAUGAGCAGCUGUUGUUCAUAGCGUUUGCCCAGAAUUGGUGCAUGAAGAGGCGGUCCCAGUCCAUAUACCUUCAGCUGCUGACUGACAAACAUGCCCCAGAACACUACAGAGUUAUCGGCAGCGUAUCUCAGUUUGAUGAGUUUGGUCGCGUAUUCCAUUGUCCGAAGGGCUCACCUAUGCAUCCUGUCAACAAAUGUUCCGUCUGGUAACGUGACCUGUGCUGCUGAACUUUGACCUUUCUUCACCUGCCCUACUUUAUUUGUCUGUCUUUGGUAUUGCUGCUGCAAACAGGAGGAACCCAGAAGUUACCAAGCAACCAUGGAACCAGAGUUCCAUCUGUCAUUCUUCUCUGCCCUAACAGCCUAUCACUGAGCUCAAAGAGAAAAACAAGUUGCAACAAACCCUUCUCCCACAAGAACUCGACCUUCAGUCUUUACUUUAAUUAACAGUCCUUACUGCCAUUCCAAUUCAUCUUCACUUAUACAGAACUGAGUACCCAUGAGCCUUCACUCCCUUUCUGUAUCUCUAAUAUCUGUUCUUCAGCAAUGCUUUUUAUAUACAUGAUCAGCACAUAAGCUUGAAUAUUAUUUUUUCUAUAUUAAAUGUAUUGAAGAAUAGUUUCAAAUUUAUUUAUUUUUGUAUCUGAAUACAUAACAUUCAUUGAUUAAUGUGCUCUGAAUGAGGCUAUGGUCAUGGUUGCAUGCAGGGUCUUGUCAUUGUGUGGUUUCUGAACAUUAAGAAGUAGCUUGUUAUUGUCUUAGUUUCCAUAAAUUAUGUGUGUGCACAUGCAAGCGCGCGCACAUGUUUGUGUAUUUUUUUCACGAAACAUUUCUUUCAGCUAAAUUUCAUAUAGGCAAGCAGCAAACAAAACUCCCAAAAUUAUAACAACCCUUGAAACUCUUAUCAAAAAUGUACCUUAUUAAUUGUAAACAAUUCCCUCCAUGAGUAGAUAUUUGCAUUAUGAGUGCAAUGCAGCUUAUAGUUUUGUAAGAUAUAUUAAAAUACUUUUUGAAAUUAACCAAAAGGUUUUUGCGUGUCAACCGUCAGUUGUAAAAAUGCAGCAAUCUGGUGCCCUCUCCUGGCUCAGUGUGAAACUGCAGGCUGUCAAACUCCUUACCUGUAUGUCAAGUUUUGUCUUGGCCUUGUCUGGAUUUGGUCAAAUUGUAUGUGUGCGUAAUUAUAAGUGGGAUUUAUAUCCAUAUGUUGAACGGACAAACAUUUUACGCAGGACCUUGGAACGAUGUAAGUUGAACUCAAGGGACCGAGGCUGUUCUAUUACCAGCCUGGCCUGUAUUCCAAUAGCAUUCCAAACUUUCCUGGUUGCUUAACAGAAUAUAAUAAAAAACAGUAGAAGUCGGGUUAAGUUGGAACAUCAUGAAAUGCAAAUCCCAGUAUUCCUUGGAUAAAAGACAGAC